AUGGCAACGACGUUCGUUUCGGACCAAUCCCGUGGCAUCGCUGGCCCAAGCGGUGCGCACUCGCAGGCUCUCAUGUCUGACCUUGAUUUCCGGGAUGAUCGCUACCCCUCGCUGGCCACCCCGUCCAUUCGACGAACCAGCGCCAUGUUGCUCGGGUCUACAGAGCCUGCUGAAUGGGAGUCCCAGAAGCCUCCCUCAAUCAGAAACGGGGACAUUCAACGACGCCCAUCGCGUGUGUCACAGUUGCGAAAGGAAUACGGAGAGCAGCCGGUUGGGCCCAGAGAGCGGAACGUCGAGCAAGAAUCAGGGGAUGGGCGACCAACGACAGGCGACGCAGCGAGUUCGACCGUCGUUCAAGGCCAAGCCGAUACUCGUCCCCAAUCACCCCAGUCGCUGAACCAAUCCUUGCCUCCAUCAUCACCGCCGAUGCUUUUCCAGUCACGGAAUCUCUUUCGAAAUACAAGUUCAGCGAGCGGCGCUGCCCCAACGGCAGAUAUACAGUCCUUGCGAUCGUUGGGAACUGUGUCACAGCAAUCUCAGACCCUACCGCAGGGAACAUCUCGUACGGAAAUUGCCAACUCGUAUGGUCUGCCACCAGGAGCAGGCAUGCCAGAGAUUGAGCGAACAGCAUCAAGAGGCUUGGACGGCUACAGAUCCGGUUCGCCUGCUCAAAUGCUAGAAGCCACUCCUAGUUCACAAUCGCAGCCGCGGAAUGGCAGCAUGGCGCCUCGCCUCAGCGUGUCCGACCGACCUUCCCUUCAACCCUCAUCUCCUCGCCACCCCUCUCUUACACUUGCCGCCGGCGCCAGCUCCAACGCAAACGGAGGGUCUCCGUCUCCUUUCCUGCCCCUUUCUGCCUCUCCUGCGUACUCUCCGCCCAUCUCACCUAACAUGCGUGCUUACGCACAGCAACCUACCUACGUCUCCGCCCCCAACGCAGGCAAUACAGCUUACCGGCCUUCAAGUUCUCCUCAAGCUACACUUCAGCCCGCACUGCAACCCAUUCAACCCCAACGAGUGCCCGUGCAAGAGGAAGUCUGCGUAGAAUGUGCUAUGCGUGACCAGGACAUGGCCGAUGUUGACGUAACGAGUUCGGGGGUAUGGGAACGGGAAAGCGACGUACACUAUCGUGAACUACUUCGUAGGGAGCUUGAGGAGGACGUACACGGUUUAUCCAAUGGGUCAAGUCGAGGUAGCGUCGAAGACAACUCGGCGCCACCCAGGCCUCGAGCUCGAGGCGGACGGCUCACGGAACAAAAUCUUAGACUCUGGUUAACAAUGAAUCCACGGGAGCCUGCCUCUCGCCAACAAACCCUCACCACAUAUGUUACUGCUCAACGAAGUCUACUGGAGGCCGAAGCCAUCGCUCAUGCCCGCGCCAUGCAGGAAUCCAAGCAACUCGACAAUCGCAUGCGAGAUACAUAUUCUCAACUUCGGCGGUCUGCUUAUGAUACUGGCUCGGCUGCUCUCCCAGGAGACGACGCGGGCGGUGUGCGCAUCAAACCGCCUGUGUCUGUUAUUCCUACCUCUCCGUACUCUCCUGCUGCGUACGCCCAUAACAAUCCUACCUACACGCAUGAUGUCCACGGCCGCAGUCAGUCCAGAGAGAUCACUCUUCUGGAAAAUGGCAUGAUCAUGGAACACGUCGAUGUGCGUAAGGAAGAACGCGAAGCGAGGGAGCGGCGUAGGAAGGAAGAGAAACGAGCAAGAAAGGGCUCGCGCAGUUCAGGCAUGGAUGUAACGUCGCUGUACUCGGUCACCUCAUAUCCUGCUAGUCCUCUGCCGGAUAGCGCUACUUUCGGACAGCACAGACCGUACUCAAGAUACUCGCAAAUGACUGGUAGCUCCAUUGGCAGACCUACGAGCGUCCUCACCGCGCCACUCGACGGAGUACCUGGAAGCCCAAGACCCGAUAUACCCCGUGCCUACUCACAAGCCUCAUUCUCUGAUGCACAUAGCAUGAGUGCCGCUUCCUCAAGGCGACCCAGGUUCCUUGGGUUCAAAAAUCUCACAGGUUGGAGGAGCCAAGACAGUCUGGCGCCGUCUGGUAUGUCAAUCAUGUCCGGAAGCGUGGUCAAUAUGCAUGUCGCGCUCGCACGCGAAGACCAACGUCACCCUUAUGCGCCCUCCCCUAUUGACCUUAAUACGCCCACUCGUAGGAGCCACAUCUGGCCUUCGACAGAAGCCGAUUCUUCAAUACAGCCGAUGCUCGAUGAAAAGCCGAAGAAGAAGAAGACUGGGUUAGCCAAGAUAUGGCGAAUCGUUACUGGAUCAAACAGACACGACUCAUCACGUUCGCGAGGCGUUCUCUCCGCUGACCGCCAGGACGACGACACACCGCUGGCUCCGCCGCCACCACUGUCAUAUCUGGUUGACAGAGCUCCCGGGGACGCCGUGGCAGUUGGCUCUGGCACUGGCUCUAAGCAAACGUCUACGCCCUCACUUCAAUCCUCCACAUCGCCGAGGAUGAUGGGUAUCCCUUCGUCUCCCGGUAUGUCUCCGUCCACAGCUCCGUCUAGCAUAUUGCCCUCCCCAGUAUCCUCACGCCGAUCCGGUCAUGAUAUGCUAGAUUCAUCUGAUCCCCGGAAGAUCAGUGGUGGAUUUGAGGAACCCAUGCAGCAGUUCCCCGUAGACCAGCGGGGCGAUGAGGUUGGCGCUGAUGGAUCGUUGCGAACCAUCAUGUCGCGCAACGUCCACUCUGUCAUCUCUGAACCUGAUAUACGAGGACGGAUGUCACAACAUAUGGGAGAUACCCCAUCUUCCCGACCCCCGCUUCCUAGUAUUCCGGCCUCGCGACCAGUAUCAGUCAUCUCCCGCGAUAAAUCAUUACCGCCACUUCCCGGCGAGCCGCGGACGCGCUCUGACACGAUGAAUGGUGACGUGCGCCCACGGUCUGUCUUCAGCUUGAACUAUCGACCUCCCGGUACAGCUCCUGCACAUGAUUUCCUCCCACCUCAAGCUCCCUUCCGAACAGCAGAUGUUCGCCGUCAAUCAUUUGGUGGGACAGCCUCACAUCCCAAUCUCGUCUUACAAACGAUGCCCGUGCAAGGCCAAGCAUUGAGAGGAUACCCAUCAUUUGGCCCACAUUACGACGAGUUCGGUACCUCGAGGCGAUCCCUUGGGCCCAUGGAGUCCCCCACCUCGCUCGCCACCCCUAAGCGAAAAAGCAAAUUCGGUUUUUCGUCGCUGCUUGGUAAAAGGCAUACUGCACCAGAGAAAGUAUUUGACGAGCCUCAACAAUUCCCUUCCAUGGGGGCUUCGAACUCGGACAUCCAUGUGGAUAUGGUGUCCAACAGCUCUCCGUCAGUGGCUUCGAAGUUCAACCCCAUCCAGGGUAGUGGGGCGAGGAUAUCAAUGAUGUCCCGCAAAGCCAUCGACGAGCUGGUGGACCAAGAUCGCGACUUCGUAGCGUAUCGUUAUCCAUCAUCUGAGCAGCGCAUCGACCUUCUGAGGUAA